CCAGUCGAGGAUCAAACCGUUGACCCUGCGGUUAUCAGACAACCCGCUUAAGCCAGUGAGCCACCCAAGCAGAAACUUCCCCCGCUUCCUUGUGUAAUGUAGUUAAAUUAAGUCAAAUUUUGUUUGACAAUGUGCACUACUGAUGAUAUCAACUGAUGCAGUAAGGUUGUUGUUUUUUACCAAAUUUUGAGCCCUUCUCUUGAAGUAAAACCUAAUUUUAAGAAAUGUAUUAAUUGUGAGAGAGCGAUUUUAGUGAAGACUUGAAUGCUAUACGGUUUCGGCUGAAUAUAAAAGUUCAGUGUUACAUUAGUUAAAUAUGAGGGCUGCAACUAAAGAGUAUAUACAUGAUCAAUUAAUAAUUUCUCUAUAAAAGAAUAAAGUAGUGAAAAUCGCCUCUUAAAACUCCCUAGAGCCCAAAUGUAUGUCCUCAAAUUGCUUGUUUGGUCGAAAAAAAAAAUGCACAUUUGAGAUGCAUCAUAUCAAGCAAAUAUUUGUAAUUUUUGGGUGAAAAAUACUGCAAAUAACAAAAAUGUAGUUACUAUCUUAAUACUCACCAUUUAUUUAUCGUUUUCCAAUUGGUCGACAGAGUUUGAAAUUGGUUUAAAAACCAGUUGUGUUAUUUACAUUUAUAAGUUAAGUAAAUUAUGGUUUCUUUCCAAUGAAUAUUAGUGAGAUGGUGUGCGCAUGCUCGGCUCUCCUAUUGUUUCGGUGUUUUCAUUCAUCUCUGCACACAGCGCGAACAAAGGGGCGUGAGGCUCGCCUUCUGAUUGGCUCCCGUCGGGGCCCCCAGACGUCUCCGUUCCGCGAGCUCCGCCACAGCAGAUGGACCUCUCGCGCUCUCCUCCUCCUGGAUGCACGCGCCCCAGCGAUUGUUUCCAGCGGCAGGAGGGCGAGCGAGUUGACCGAGGAGUUUACCGUUAACGGAUAGUUCAGCCGUCACGGGCAAGAAGAGGAAAGACGGGAGAAGGAGUCGGUGGACGAGGACAACCGGAGAGCCUGCUUCCGCCGGGUUUGCUGUCUCUCGUGACUCAACAACAUCACACAGUCUUCACUACGGUAUGAUCUUUUGUACUCUUGUAACUGACAUUUAUACCACGUUUAUUUGGCAGGUAUGUCCCUCUGACUUUAAGUAUUAAUACUUUUGUGAGUUAUGUUACAGAGGUGCUGAAUGUGCUCUGCUCCAACAAUAAUACAACAUUGAGAAAUGAAUGCAGACUGGAUGUUCUCUGUGGUGGAAUACGCGGCACACAGAGCUUCAUCCUGCUAACAUGCUAACAUUCGCUGAUUAGCAUUAAGCACAAAAUGCAGCUGAGGCUGAUUGGAUUGUAGUUAGUAUUUGCAGGUAUCUGGUCAUAAACCCAACAAAGCACCGGAUGGGUGUUGAUCUGAUGACGCCCCUAGAGGACCUCUGAAGUCUGGAGAUCACAAAAUUGAUUCGGAUAUAUUGUCAGGAGACCAUGAAUGUCAUGAUAAGUGACAAGUGAAAUAUUUACAUCAAAAGUCAGGAUCAGCAAACUCAUUAACACCAUGAGUAUCUGCACACAAUUCCACAACUAUCCAUCAAGUAGUUGUUGAGAUAUUUCACUCAAAUCUAAAAAUGUCAACCACAUGUUAGCAACUGAUGAAAGUCAGUAGGAUUCAUCUUAUGGGGACCAUGACCAUGUCAUUUCAUGGCAAUCCAUUCAAUAUUUCUGUUACAUAUUUCAGUCUGGACCAAAGUGGUGGACAGACAUGACGCACUGACAUUCAAAAUAAUGCAGAGGCUACCUUCAAAGAUGGUCCACAAGAAAUAUAAAUUAUGUGUUGUUUAGGAGCUAAAGUUGCCAACACAUCCUUUAAAACAGUCUUUAUUUAAUGUGUGAAAUACAGAGAAAGUGAGAAAACAAGAUCAAUUCCAGGACAUAAGUUUAUAGAAUUGUUGUUAAAUCCUCCUGGAUAAGCUAUGAAGCACGUCUUCACCUCUACAUCCAGUGUAUUUGAUUUAAAGGACAGACAGACUACAUGUACUGUGUGUAUAGACACAUCUAUGAUGGGUAGAUAAACACAUAUGAUAGUGUGCUCACAGAUGAAUGUUUAAGCAGCUGUAAGGAUUAGGCUGUGAGGGUGGCACAUGUGUCCUCCACCUGUUCAUGUCCUUGUCGGGGGGGGGGGGCUUCUGUCCUGCGUCCUCCACUGAUGCACAAGGACAAAUACACCAACGUUCAGAAAAGAGCGAAGGUGCCAUUUUUUUAAACAGCUGCAUGUGUGCGGAGAGACACAGACGUGAGGAGAGAGAGUCAAAGGGGUGACAGGAAAGAGAAGAUUUACUGUAGGAAAGAGGAGCAAGAGAGCAGCUGUUCUCCUCCAUCACACACCAGAUGUUGUGACUGCGUAGCGUUGGUUUAACUGUUCACUAUGAGUUGAUCUGUCUCUUGAACUAAAAAAAAAGCAUUGAAAGGAAACUAGAUAUGAUCUGUGAUCGUUGUUUACUGUGUGGAGCUUUACUUCCUCCUUCCUGCAGUCCCUCUCCUCACCUCCUCCUCUCCAGCCGGCCGGUCAUGAGGAGUCAUGAGACAGAGGGAGAAACUGUGUUAACUCUCUGUGUUGCUUGUUUGUGUCCCAGCUCUUCUCAUGCUGACUGAGAAUGGAUGAUCCAGAGUACAGGGUUCAGAUUGGAGAGAACAAGUUCAUCAGGAAGGCAACAGUCCUCUCACAUCUGAAGAUGUACAACCUCUACUAUGAAGGACAGAACCUACAGCUCAGACACAGAGAGGAAGAGGGGGAGCUGAUUGUCGAGGGCUUGCUGAAUAUCUUUUGGGGCCUGCGGCGGCCAAUCAGGCUUCAGAUGCAGGAUGACCACGAGCGGAUCCGCCCGCCCCCCUCCUCCACGUCCUGGCACUCGGGUUGCAAUCUGGACAGUCAAGGUUCCCCCAACAGCACAGAUGGUCAACAGACGACACAGCAGAGCCCGCCCACAGUGGAAGUGACGCCACCUGACAGCCAACCAGAGGACUCGGAUGUGAUGGAAGAACAGACAGAAGAAGAGGACAGCGAUAGCUCCGCUCAGCUGUUCAGGACGAAGAGCGAUGCCGGCGUCUUGAGACGGGGCCAGCGGCGCUCACCCAGCGACCAGAGGAAGAUCAGACGCCAUCGCUUCUCCAUCAACGGACACUUCUACAACCACAAGACGUCAGUGUUUACCCCUGCUUUCGGCUCAGUGACUAAUGUCCGGAUCAACAGCUGCAUGAGGACACCGCAGGUGCUUCGAGUUCUCCUCAACAAGUUCAAAAUCGAAAACAGCCCCGACGAUUUUGCGCUCUACCUCGUCCACACAAGCGGAGAGCGUGUGAAGCUGAAGCGGAGUGACUAUCCUCUGGUGCUGAGAAUCAUGCAGGGCCCGUGUGAGCAGGUCUGCAAGGUGUUCCUCAUGGAGGAAGACCUUGGAGAAGAAGUCACGUAUGAUGUGGCGCAGUAUAUCAAGUUUGAAAUGCCCGUGCUGAAGAGUUUCAUCACCAAACUGAAGGAGGAGGAGGACAGAGAGGUGGUGAAACUCAGGAGAAGGUAUACGUACCUGCGCUGUAGAAUUGAGAAGGAGCUCGGUUGUCUUCCAGAGGGGGCAACGUGCAUGUGAUCUGCUCAUCGGACCGUCAGAAGCACCACAUCUGCCCAGCUGUGACCGAGACGCUGACCCAGGAUCAGCUGACGAGAACACCAAUGUGUGUGUUUCAGCGAUUAUCCUGCUCCUCCUGAACUCCUGCCUCUGCACGGAGCCUUUUUUUUUUUUUUUUUUUUUUUUUUUUUUUUUUUUUUCCAAAUGAUCCAAUCAAUGGAUCCUACAGGCAAAGCGUUGACAUGCCGUGUUGUUUGCAUGUUAGCAGCAGUCUUCAGACCUUCUUAUCUCCUUGUCAUCACGUACAGAGCACACAGAAAGACGUUCCCGUGCAGAAUGAGCCGACAACGAGACGCCGUGUCUUCUGUCUCGACCCUUCAGUUUGCCAGCUGAUGACCCAAAACCUAUUUAAAGCACAGACAUCGUAUAAUAAGUGCCUGUUAAAAGGUUUCUCUAAGCACAAAGACACACGAUGGUCCCGUGUUUUGAAGUUAUAGAAGUAAGAAAGUACAACAUCAGACCACACAGUCAUGCUCCUUUUGUGUUCCUCUGUGUUUGAGAGUUUUUAAAAUAUUGUGAUUGAAGGAAUAUUAUGAAUAGACUCUCAAUAUUAUCUGGGCUGAGAAGUUCACCGCAGGGAUUAUUGAAGGUUGUCUGAGCAGAUAAUCUGUUUAUGUUGUGGCCAUCAGGAGACAACUGUUGAGCUUCAAGGAAUAGUUUGAUUUUGGGAAACAUUUUCUCGCCAAGAGUUUGCUAUCUGUUGUGUAUUUGUAUAACGGCAGCCGGUUAGCUUAGCAUAGCACAAAGACUGGUAACUGCUAGCAAGUCUGGCUCUUUCUGAAGUGAACAAAAUCUGGCCACCAGCACCACUAAAGCUCACAUAUUAAUAAGUCAUAUCUCAUUUUAAUCUCUUCUUUUGUACAGACGAAACAAAUAAAGUGUGUGUGAGCUUCAGAGGUGCUGGUGGGCAGAUGUUGUUAUUUUUAGAAACAGUGAGGCUAGCUAGCUGCUACCAGUCCUUGUGCUAAGCUAUCCACCUGCUUGUGAUAGCUUCUUAUUUACUUUAUGGUAUUAAUCCACUCAUCAAACUCUCAUCAAGAAGUAAAAAUACGCUGAUUCCCCCAAAAGUAUUCCUUUGAAGAAAGAAAGCAGACGCUGAGGUUUUCUGGUGAGUCGUCCUCGCUUGUAUUCCUGCCUUAUGUAACAUGACAAGAAGAAGUCAUGUUGACAUGUUAACAAGCACAGUAAUAUACCGUCUAAAUAUUCACAACAAUAUUCAAUAUCAUUCUUCACACCAUGACUCCUGGUAGGCGUUGGACUGGCUAUUUUUUAUUUUUUUUUUUUACAUCCAACAGAGAAUGACACAAGUGAAAUCUCACAAGACUGUGAAUUAUGCCAACCGUCUUUGUUGGAAGAAUGUUGUAAAUGUAUGAGUGAGCAUUUCAAAGCAGCACAAGUUGCCUCCACUGUACAGCUCUUCGCUUUCGUCCGCUCAACGUCUCCCAGCGUUGUUCAAA